GCGUCCGCUCGUUAUGCAUGCACCGAUACGGACUGGCAUCCCAAUCAGGCUCGUAUCUUGUGCUUCCUACGGUAGGAUCUGGAUUGAUGAGUGAUUAGGGAAGACCAGUUAAUGGAUUAUGCAAAUUACCACUCAGAAAUGAAAGCCUCUCAGCCGAGACAACCGGCUAUCAGAAGCAAGCAGACGGCUGCCCCUCCUUGUGUCGCACCUAGGCAGACAGCAGCAGCCCCUAGUGCGCCGGACAUGAGCGCAUUGACAGCUGUCGCUGCGGCCGGACGCCCAGACUGGACGCCCAGAUAGUACUGUCUUCUUGCCCGAUCCCACGGAGAGCAGGUGAUGUCGGUCAAGCUGCGUUUUGAGUAUCCGGCUGAGGGUGGGGUCCAACGGAGCCGCUCGUUCACGAGCUCCAGCACCCUGAACAGCCGACGCCGUGUCUCCUCAGUGCAGAGCUCCUUAAGGUCCAAAGGGUUAUCAGGGAAAUCUCCCAGAAUGCCAUACUCCUCUGGCAGGUUGGGCUGCAGCAUAUGGGGCCCUCAGCCCAGUCAAGUUGACAGGGUCUUCCAGGCAUUGCGGAAGGGGCUUAAGGAGUAUCUUCAGACCCAUCAGGCGGAGAUGGACUUCCUUACUUCACAGCAGCGGGACAGCAAGAGAAAUUCCAGACUGGCUUUUCUCUAUGACCUGGAAAAGGAGAUUCGCAUUCUGGAGCGGUACAUACGCAGACUGGAGUUCCACAUCAGUAAGGUGGAGGAGCUGUAUGAAACCUACUCUAUCCAGUGGCGUCUGUGUCAGGGGGCUAUGAAUAUGAAGAAAGCCUUCUCCAUUUCCCCAAGCACCCGUGCUUCUCGGGGAAGCCUGCUGGAGCUCAACCGAAGCCACCGGCUCAGCCUGGAGGACAUGUACAUUAUGGAGGGAGAACUGGAGAUUCUCCUUGGUGAACUGCGCAUCAAGAUGAAAGGAUUGAUCGGCUUCGCUCGUCUUUGUCCUGGGGAUCAGUAUGAGGUAAUUAUCCGCCUGGGAAGGCAGAGAUGGAGGAUAAGAGGGAAGAUCCAGGCAGAUGACCAGCAAUCGUGGGAUGAGGAGGAGAUGGUCUUCCUGCCUCACAUAUAUGAAAACUUUGAGAUAAAGGUUACGGAGGUGAAGGGCUUGGUGUCAGUGCCUGUGGGCGUGGUGACCUGCGAGAGCGCGGACUUCUUCACGGCGCAGCCACAGAUGAUGGUGGUAGAUAUCACGGAGCUGGGCACCAUCAAGCUUCAGCUGGAGGUCCUGUGGAACCCGUUCGACAGCAGGGAGGCGAGACCAGUUACCCCAUCCCCCAGCAAGCCGUCCAUCCAUAGCCGAAAGGGCUCCAUCUACAGCUGGACCCCUCCCAGUACUCCUAGCUUCACGGAGAAGUACUUCAUUUCUAUGGUCAAGCAGUUCCAGGACUCUGAGAACGCCUUUUCUGUGAGCUCCCAGGAAUCCAGAGGGGUUUCCCUACUGAGCUAUCUGUCAGACACCUCCCAGGUCUUUAUGCCCUCCAUUUUUGGGGGAAGUGAGACGCAGAUUAACAACGUGAGGUCAUCCAAUGCCCGGGACCAUAUGGAAACAAAGCUGUCAGCAGGGGGCAGCACUGAUUGGCUGCCUGACCCUGAUCAUUGCCCGGCUGCUCCCAGGAGGCUGACGCCUUCCCUCCAUCGCUACGGCACCCCUGACAUCCUCAAGCAGAAUGAAGGCUCCGGCCCCCUCAGACACACAGAGCACACGGAGGCCGUCAGCAAGGACGUCAGCGUCAUGGAGCCGCUCUCCUUCAAGGACCCAGAGGACCCACCCCUGACCAUCCCAGGGGGCACCAGCACUCAAAGCAGAGCCUUGGCUCUGGCCAUCAGCAGUCAUCUGGGCCAGCUGGAGGCAGAGCUUCAGCAGAAACACAUCUGCGAGCCCGAAACGGAGAAGCUGGAGAAGCAGGUCCAGCGUUUCAAGAUCAUCUUAAAAAACGAGAACUACAUGCCCAAGCCGUCCCCUACAGAGACGCUGUCCGUGGAAGAGGUUCUUGGAAGUUUUGACUUUCUGUCCAUGGACUUCAACGCAGACGAAGUCUCGUCUCUGGGCAGCGUGAGGCUGAGGAAUCCUGAAAUCAGCUCAUUUAAGGGGAAUAAUCUGAGAAUCCUGGGCCUGACCCCACAAGACGUACAGUCUCAGAAGAAACCAGAACUCACACCUCUGACCACGGGGCACCGUGGCCUGGAUCAGACAUUGGAAAUUCAUCUCGGCAUGUGUAACAUACUUCUGCAGCACAUCAAGCGCACAGAUUCACCUCUUGUCCAGAAGGAACUGCUUGACGAACUAUCACAGCAACUUAAGGUACUGGAAAAAGUUGGCAAGUUAUCCUUGGAGAAGAAUUUACACUUGACCUCGAUAAAAGACAUCGUCCCAAAGGCGCAGAGGCAGAAGAGCCUGCUGGCCUUCUGGGAGGAGAGCACUCUAGGCGAGUCGCCGUUCUGCUGCUCGGCCACGGCGGCCCUGAAGACACUGAGGAAACGUUACAUCCACAAAGUCAGAGCCAAGCUACCGGGCCAGACUGACGCAGUUUUCAUGCAGCUGCUACAGCAGAUGCAGUCCAUCUGCAGGAUGGUCCCAGUGCCUCUGCACAGCUCAGAUCAUGUGACCAUCUUCCAGUUCUUCAACCACCUGACCAGAUGGGGCCUGACGGAUUUUGGAGAGCACGUCUCCCGCCUCUCCAAAGAGCUGCAGCUGGUGAGGAUCCUCCAGAGCCCUGAGCGGAGGAGGGCCCUCCGGAGGCUGAAGGGGAAACGCAUCUCCGAGCUGCAGCCACUACACUCCACGCUGCGCCUCCUGGCCGCCAUGCACACCGACGACAACCGCAAGGUCUCGCAGGCCGCCAGCUCACGGCUGUGCAGAGCCUCGGCCUUCAAAGCCUUCCGGGCGAAGGCUGUGGUGUAUUACACUGCCAUGCUGGGACACACCGACGUGCAGCUCCAGAGGGCGGCCUGCCUCGCUCUGAAGAACCUCAGCGCGACAGAAAGUGUGGAGCAGGUGGCUGAUCUGUGGCAGUCGGCAGACGAGGAGUUGCGCAACGCUGCCAGGGAGACUGUGCUGUCAUUCGGUAAAAAAGGACAGCUAGCAUUCCAGCGUAUGGAAAAGAUUUUCUGUGAGCGACAAGAGGAGAUGUACCAGAACUUAGACACAGAGAUCACUAUAUUAUAAAAUAAAUAAGGGAAUCUCUCCAGGAGAUGGCAGCAGUGAUACCCUCUGGGUAUUGCAAGCAGAGGUUAUAGAGGUCGUUGUUUUGCUUGCAGAUAGACUGGAUAUAGAGGACUGGAGCUGAGGUGUGACCUGUUACAUCCACUGGGUGUUCAACCAGGGGCCAGAAUUUUGGGAUACCAGAAAUAUGAAUUUAUUCAGAAUUAAGUUUUUUUUGUAAAAUGUUGUAAAAUGUUCAUGAGGAUAUUUAUAGACAUAUUUUUCAGUUUAUACGUAUGUCAGUAGUCACAUGAAUAUAUAGAAGAGUAUAAAUUGAAUGAAUGUACUUUAUGCUGAGUGAUUAAAUUUGGGUCUUUGGUUCUGUCCUGUUUGCUUGAUGUUACCUGUUUUUUGUCUUUAUUUUAAGAAGGCAGAGAAAUCAGCAGUCUUUACUGCAUUGCCACAUUAUCUGUUACAGUACAAAUAAAUCUGCAUCUUUGUAAUAUAUGUAAUUUUAUAAUAUUUGAUCUGUACUUUUUUUACCUGGGUUUUUCAUCAGGGAAAUGGAAAAUUAAUGUUUUAUUUACAAUAUUGCCAUUUAUCCCGUGUUUAUAUAGGAGUAUUCAUAACACUGAAAUUGUGCUAAUAUUACGGCUAGUUUUUUAAUCAGAACCUGAUCCACUUUGUGGCUGUUAAGUACGUAGGAAAAUUACUUUGGCGAGAUGCAAUACAUGUUACCUGAUCACAAACCAUGCAAAAGUAUUUACACUCUGUUUAUAACAUGUUAAAUUAUAGAAAAGCCUAGAA